AUGGCCCAGAAGUACGCAGAUACGCAGUCUGAGAUAGACGCCUUUGCAGCCGAAGUUAAAGAAAUUCAAGAGUGGUGGCAGACAGAUCGUCAGAAGCACAUCCAGAGACCUUAUACGGCAGAGUCGAUUGCAGCUCUUCGUAACAUUGGCUUCAACAUCGAGUAUCCAUCCAGCGUACAGGGGCGGAAGCUCUGGCGCAUCCUGAAUGAACACAAUGCGAGGGGGACUUAUGAUCUGACCUUUGGGACGACUGAUCCACUAAUCGCAAAGGAGAUGCCCAAAGCCGGCGUGCAAACCGUGUAUGUUUCCGGUGCGCUCUGCGGUCUAUCGCAAGCCGCCUGGCCCGGUGCAGACCAUGCGGACUACCCGGCUGAUCUGGUACCUUCGGUUGUCAAACGCAUACUGAACACUCAAUUGUUCCACGACCAGCGUCAAACACAGCUGCGUAUGCGCUACAGUGAAGAAGAUCGCAAGUCCUUGGAGAACCUCGACUACAUGCUUCCAAUCGUUGCUGACGCAGACAUGGGAUUCGGAACACUUACUGGCUGCAUGAAACUGGCCAGAAGCUUUGUGGAAGCUGGUGUUGCUAUGAUUCAUAUUGAUGACUUGGCUCUUGGGUUGAAGAAGUUUACCAAUGGUGAGGGGAGGAGUAUUGUAUCGACAAAGGAGUAUCUGGAUCGGUUGACCACGGUCCGAAUGACAUUCGAUAUUAUGGGAGCCGAUACCAUGUUGUUAUGCCGGUGCGAUAGUGACAGUGCGGAAUUCAUCACUAGUGUCAUAGACCCUCGAGACCAUCCGUAUGUAUUGGGAGCUACCAAGAAGGUCCUUUCCUUCAACCAAGCGCUUGAUGAUGGCAAGCAGACAGACAAAGAUUACCUGACGGUCAAAGCAGAAUGGAAGGUGGCAGCCGGCUUGAUGACAUUCGACGACGCUGUUAAGUCUAUCGCCACCGAAGAGCAGUUCAGUUCCUACAUGUCUGAAGUCAGCGAUAAGAUCGUGGCUCUUCAGGGACGUAGAGCCAUUGCGAAGCGCAUAACAGGUCAGGAGGUUCACUUCGACUGGGAGCUUCCAAGACUUCCAACAGGCCAGUACAUGUGGCAAUGGUGCAUCAAGGCUGUUAUCGAUCGUUGCAUUCUGGCGGCCCCCCUCGGCGAUGUAACUUGGAGCCGACAAGACAAGCCAAACAAAAAGGACAUGCACGACUUCCACACCAGCGUGCGGAAAGUUUUUCCCAACAGACUCUUUGCUUUCGGCUACACAGGUGCUUACGAGUACACCAAGAACGGGUACACGCAGGAAGAGGUGGAGUCUUUCCCUGCAGAUAUCGCCAAGAUGGGUUGCGUGUGGCAAGUCCAACCAAUCUGGGCCACGCAAGGGCUAAGCCUACAUGCCAAAGAGUUCGCGGAGAGCUUCAAGAAGGGCGGCAUUGCCUGGUAUAUGCGCGAUGUGGCGGCGCCGGCUCGAGCCAAGAUGGCUACGGACAAGUACGGCAAGCCUCAAGCCAGAGGAGACUACCUCGCCGAUGCGUUCUUCGAUGUCGUUGCAGGGCUUGACAUUAUAGAGCAAGCGUAG